ACCAUAUCGCGUAUCUCGGUCCUUACCUUAAAUAUGCUCGCUACUACAUUGUUCUCGAGAAGGGAAAAAAAGCUCCCUAGAAGAUCAUUUUAUCACUGAAAUUGAGUAGGAAUCCAAGUCGCAGAUCAUGUAGACCAGCGUGUUGCAUGAUGAUGAUGUUUUUGUCGCGCUCAAUGCGCGUCUCUUCUCCCAACCCCACCAAACCACCUCAUGACGCGUGAACCUCUCCCAAGACUCCUCAAGGUCCAGCGCAUUUGGUAAAGCGGGUAACGAUAACUUGAAGUUCUAGCGUCUUCGAGUCAAUCAAGCUGAAUCGCGAUUGAAUCUCAUGCACAAUGGCCGAGUCCAACCUCAAAGAGACCUUCUACCGCCAAUUCCACCAGGAUGUCGCAACGCUCCAAAGGCAAAUCGAAAGCUUAUCCUCCCUGUCGACAUCUGGUGGCGAGCGCAAUCAAGCGAUAGACGACUGCCUCGCAGGCAUAGAUCGAUUAUCCCACGAUGUCCAAGACGCGUCAAGUCUUCUACCCGCGUAUGAUCAGCGGACAUAUAGCGAGACCAUCAAGAAGUUGAGUGAGAAGUUGUCAAGUGUGAGGAACAGCUUCGAUCCACCCAAGAAGUUCAGUUUCAAGAGCAAGAAGAAGGAUAUCAUGAAACCAGAAGCUAAACCGGAAGUAUUGGAUACAUCGAGUGCGAAGUCGUCUUCUCUACUUGAACAACAACCAUCGCAACCAUCGCAACCAUCGCAACCAUCGCAACAUCAAGAAACGGCGCAACAGGAUUCGUUCACGUCGACCCUCUCCCACAAGUCGCAUGCCCGUAUAACUCUCGCUCAAGCCCCUUACGCCACAAGCUCACCAACGGUUUCCCAUCUUGCCCACUGUGUCGUCGAUCUUAGCGCUCCAACAAAAGCCGACGCACCCUUCGCCGCUCUUUACCUCCGCUCCAUAACCUCCUCGCUCAUCAUUACCGGCCAAGUCGCAGGAGCAAUCCACAUCACAGACGUCUCCAACAGUGUCAUAGUAACAGCGUGUCGACAGUUCCGUAUGCAUGGCAGCAAAGACGUGGAUGUGUAUCUGCAUAGUACUAGUCGACCAAUCUUUGAGGAUUGUGAGGGCUUGAGGUUCGCACCAUUACCUGAUUCCUACAAGACACCAGAGAUCGAGCAGUCAGCCAACCAGUGGAAUCAGAUCGAUGACUUCAAGUGGUUGAAGGCCGAGCCAAGUCCACAUUUCAACAUACUCCCUGCAGCUGAACGUGUUUCUGAGGAGGUUUGGAGCAGAAAGAUACCUGGUAACGAUGAGAGCCUAGAUGGUACCCUGCAAGCUGUUGGUAUACGGUGUCGAUAAAUGUUGUCUAAGACAAACGACUAUACAGUCAAACUUCAAGACAAAGAAAGGUUUAAGGGAUAUAAGGACUACUUUACCCGUAGAUAGAACAUUACAACUUAUCUCAAUACACUUGAGUUAGUCAAUUAUUCAACAAUAAAU